UUGAUAAUGAAGAACGAAGCUGUUGGAUCGGCAAGUUUAAUCAAAAGAAUCAAUCGAGGAUCCUCUUGCCGGCCGCAAAAAUGGCGGAAGUGGAGCUGAUCGCCACUCCUCAGAGCUUUCCCUGCGCCAGAAUCGAAUGGGCUUUGAAGAUGAAGGGGGUGGAAUACGAAUACAUCAAAGAAAAUCUACUCGCCAAAAGCGAUCUGCUUCUUCAGUCCAAUCCUGUGCACAAGAAGGUACCUGUAAUUCUCCAUAACGGCUUACCUAUUGCUGAAUCCCUCGUCAUCCUCGAGUACAUCGACGAGACUUGGAAGCAAAACCCUUUGCUACCAUACGAUCCUUUUAAACGAGCCCAUGCUCGUUUCUGGGCGAGAUUUAUCGAUGAGAAGUGCGUGAGUGCUGUGUGGGGAGCUGGCGUGGCACAAGGAGAAGGAAAAGAGAAAGCCAUAGAAUCAGCUCUGGAAUCGCUAGCACUUCUGGAUAAGCAGGUUGAAGGGAAGAAGUAUUUUGGAGGAGAAGAGUUAGGGUAUUUGGACAUUGUAGCAGGUUGGAUUCCUCAUUGGCUUAAUGUCUUGGAACAGCUUGGAGACAUGGAACUGCUCACUGCUGAGAGGUUCCCUCAUCUUCAUGAAUGGAGCCUCAACUUGUUGCAGACUUCACCUGUCAAACAUGGCUUGCCUCCCAGAGAAUCUGUUGUUGACUACUUCAGUUUCGGCUUUAACUAUGUGCGUUCCAUGGCAGCCAAUAAAUCAGGAUGAGAAGAUAUGAACCCUCUCACAGUAUGAGUAAGUAAGUAUUGAUGAUGAAGAACCUGGUUUUCCAAUUCAGUGAGUUUUGGUCACCUUAGCAGUAGACCAUUUGUAUGAAAUAUAUUUUGAUGAUAAUUUAUGAUUCUGUCGUGAUUGUGUGUUUAUGACUUUAUGCUAGGCUUUACUUGCUUUUGA